AUGCAGUUCAAGUCGCUCGCGCUUUUCAUUGGUGCUGCGUUGGCAGUGGCGGCACCUGCUGCUAUGGCUGCUCCCUCGGCGCGUAUCUGUGGAAACGACCAGGUUGCGCCCGCCUCGAUCGAGCAGGCUCUCGGUCUUAAGAUUGCUUCUGCGCGCAGUGCGAAUGCCAAGUCUUCAUCGGCAAGCAAUGCUGCCGCGUUCACUGCGACGCGUAUUCCGGUCUACUUUCACGUCAUCACCGAUGGCACCAACGGCAAGCUUUCUUCGAGCAACAUCAACAACCAGAUCUCGGUGAUGAACUCGGCUUAUUCGGGUAGCGGUCUGUCGUUCUACCUUGCCGGUAGCGAGACGACGGUGAACUCGAACUGGUACAACAAUGUCAACCAGGGCACAUCGGCGGAGCGAGCGAUGAAGUCGGCGCUUCGCAAGGGAGGUGCCAACGCGCUCAAUGUAUACAGUGUCAACUUCUCCGGCGGGCUUUUGGGAUACGCCACAUUCCCAUGGAGCUACAACUCGAACCCUAGCAACGACGGAGUGGUGAUCCAGUGGUCGUCGUACCCGGGUGGUCCGAUCAACAACUACAACGGCGGCAAGACGCUCGUCCAUGAGGUUGGUCACUGGGUCGGCCUCUACCACGUCUUCCAGGGUGGUUGCUCAGGCCAGGGAGACUAUGUCGAUGAUACACCUCCGCAGUCCACUGCUACUUCGGGCUGCCCCGCUAACCAGGACUCGUGCUCCGGUGGUGGUCCGGACAGCAUCCACUCGUACAUGGACUACUCGUACGACAGCUGCUUGACCGAGUUCACCCCCGGCCAGAUCACCCGCCUGCAAGCCGCUAUGGACUCGUACCGUCUUUAG